AUGGAGGCCAUCUCCACCGAUCCGCCCCGCAGGGCCCGGCGAUCAUCCAUCUCGGACCAUAUCCACCGCGUUUUUAGCAAAUCCAUGGAUAAACGACACAGUCAAAAUGGCCAAUUUGUUCCCCCUGUUCCCUUCCUCGCCCGCGAAGCUCUCGCACAUGAAACGGCAACGGACAAUACUUCCCAUGCGAGGCACUCUUUGUACGAUGAGACCGGGCCUAGCUCGGUCUCUUACUCCUCCAACUCACGUUUGCCCUCCACCGGUACACCUGGAUCAAGUCUAUCAGUCGCAAACGGGGCCUCUAUGGAGGAUGAUACUCCGACCCAACAAAUGACGCCCUUGCCUAGCCGUCCCAACGGAGAUAUAGACAAUAUCUGCAAAUCACCCACCUGGGACAAACCCAAAAAGAAAGAAAAGCGGGUCACAAAGCGCCUGGAAGCUGAGAGAAAGGAACUCGAGAAACGGUUGCUAGCGCUUGAGGAUGCCCAAUCUAAGGUCGACCUCGGAGUCUAUGAAAGAUCCUCUCGCCGUCUGACCAAGAAACAACCUGUGAGCAGGUCAAGUAGAAGCUCCAGUACAAAUGCAGAGCGUCCCAGAUCGUCAAGUGGCCUGUCCUCGAUAUUCCGGCGAUCGCGCCGGAAUUCUAAUUCGAGUGACCAAGACUCUCCGUCUGCCGAGUUUAGCCAGCUCAGGACAGACACGAACCCACCGUCUCUGCCUUUGACUCUACCGGAGCGGUUUGGAACGGCCAUCACCCGAGAGCUACAGUCCAAGCAUGGCACCGCAUUGAACCUUUCCGCUUCGCACAAAAUAUCCAACCCAACCCAGCACAACCGUUUGCACGCCUCGGCAAAGUCUGAUGAUCUUCGUGAGAACUGGAAGAUGGCUGAAGCCUGGAAGACAAAGGAUGGACGCGAGGCCCAUCGGUCAGUGUCGGAGCAGAUUCCUAAAGGUACUCAGUCCAUGGUUGGAAAAGGUGCUCGAAAUGGCGAGACACUAGGACCCUCGGACGAUCUAGAUAGGGAGUCGUUUUCCGCAGCUCUGAAGCAUGACAGAAAGAGUGUGCCUGCGGCGGAUAAUCCCCUUGAUCGUGUGACUCGCCAUGACCGUUCUGUCAGGGCUAGUAGCAUGCCAAUGUCGCAAAGCAUGAGCCAGCCUAACUUCUAUUCAUCUGGUCAUCCUGAUUCGCCUACUCAAGUUACCACGGCUCGUCAGUUGCAGGAGUUAACACCUCCAGAAACUCCAGACAAUCCAACCAGUCCAUCCAAUGCCAGGCCGUAUCCACCACCACUCAAUCCAGCACUAAUACUUGCUAGGAAGAGCCGAGUGGAUCCCUUCCCGCGAGCAUACAAGUCGUCUCCCCUCGCACUAAAUCCUGCAAAUACGGAUGAAUCGUCCCAGAAUGAUACCAUGAUUCCAAGACCACUGACAGCACAAAAUCUUGACCAUGCGAACCCAUCCCAACCACCACAAUCCCCCGCUCAACCUCAUUCUGAGGAUCGGGGAAGAAGCCGAUUGCCUAUCGCUUCAUCCCAUACCCCCAAACGAACUUCAAGUCGUUUCAAGGAAAACUUCCAAGAGACUCCGCAGUCGAUUGAAUUACCACCGAUCCCAGUCAAGAGCAACAGACGGAGUCUCGAGAUUCGGAGAAUGCCAACCACAUCAGCCGAUCCGCUCAAAGACAUCCCGGCGUCUCCUUUCCAGGUAGCCGUCAGGUCUCCAUUCCAUACCGGAAGUGUUUCGCCCAGCGAGAGGAACAAUCGAACAUCUAAAGACCUGUCGGACGACAAUUACAUUGUUCCUGCAAGAUCUCCCCGUCGAGCUUCUCGGACUUCCACCGAACUCCCUGGAAAUGUCCUUGUUGUUGUAGGACCUGGAGGGUUCAUACCCGGACAUAGCCGCACUCCCUCACACACCUCCUCCCAUGACGGUCAUUCAAAUUAUGACACCGCUGACGAAGAUGCACCUGAAUCUCCUGGAUUCAGUCGUCAAUCGUUGACUCGCGUGGAUACAACUCCCUCAAUCUCUGCCGUUGAAGCGCCAGCCGUACAGGAAGCCCCCGUUAGCCCACUCAUUCAACCUAGCAGCCAGGCUGGUACUCAGCCUAGCAUCCAACCCAGCACCCAGCCCGUCUUAGAGCCUAUCCAGCAGUCUGGCUCUCAUCCCGAUACUCAUCACGGCAUACAGUACGGUCCUCAAUCUGGUACUCAGCCAGACAUUCAUCCCGUCAUGCAGCCCAGUACCCAACUGGGUAUCCAACCCAGCAGCCCCCAAAGCCGACCAGGUCCCAUGAGCAUCCUCAAGAGAAGAUCCCAAAAAGCGAAAGCAGCCCACAGCCCACAAACAAUCGCCAAAAUCUUCGUAAUUUGUUGCCGCUGCAAGUACUGGCACGACCUUCCCUCCGAAGUCUAUGCGCGUCUCGCCUGCCCCGAGCGUCUAGGCUCAGAUUCCAAACUGGGCGGGUCCCGCUCCAAGAAGCAACCUGACAGUGGUGCCCGCAAGCUAACAGGCUCACGAUCGCUGCCAUUCGGCCAAUUCCCAGCUCCCCAUUCUACCCAGGGCAUGCCCGAUCUGCGACCUGCACCUCUUCUACCUCGCAAGGUGACCUGCUGCUGGUGUGGACACAACAUGAGCCGAUCUUGCUGUGAGGGUUGGACCACUGUUGUUGAGAUGCGUGAGCGCCAUCAUUGA